CACUGGGUACAACACUGGGUACAACACUGGGUACAACACUGGGUACAACACUGGGUACAGCACUGGGUACAGCACUGGGUACAACACUGGGUACAACACUGGGUACAACACUGGGUACAGCACUGGGUACAACACUGGGUACGACACUGGGUACGACACUGGGUACGACACUGGGUACAACACUGGGUACAGCACUGAGUACAACACUGAGUACAGCACUGGGUACGACACUGGGUACAACACUGGGUACGACACUGGGUACAGCACUGGGUACGACACUGAGUACAACACUGGGUACAACACUGAGUACAACACUGAGUACAACACUGGGUACGGCACUGGGUACAGCACUGGGUACGACACUGAGUACAACACUGAGUACGACACUGGGUACGACACUGGGUACGACACUGGGUACAACACUGGGUGCAACACUGGGUACAACACUGGGUACAGCACUGGGUACAACACUGGGUACAACACUGGGUACAACACUGAGUACAACACUGGGUACGGCACUGGGUACAACACUGGGUGCAACACUGGGUACAGCACUGGGUACGACACUGAGUACAACACUGGGUACGACACUGGGUACGGCACUGGGUACAACACUGGGUACAACACUGGGUACGGCACUGGGUACAACACUGGGUGCAACACUGGGUACAGCACUGGGUACGACACUGAGUACAACACUGGGUACAACACUGGGUACGACACUGAGUACGACACUGGGUACGGCACUGGGUACGACACUGGGUACGACACUGGGUACGACACUGGGUACGACACUGGGUACGACACUGGGUACGGCACUGGGUACAACACUGGGUACGACACUGGGUACGACACUGGGUACGGCACUGGGUACAACACUGGGUACGACACUGGGUACGGCACUGGGUACAGCACUGGGUACAACACUGGGUACGACACUGAGUACGACACUGGGUACGACACUGGGUACGACACUGGGUACGACACUGGGUACGGCACUGGGUACAACACUGGGUACAACACUGGGUACAGCACUGGGUACAACACUGGGUACAACACUGAGUACAACACUGAGUACAACACUGGGUACAACACUGGGUACAGCACUGGGUACAACACUGGGUACAACACUGGGUACAACACUGAGUACAACACUGGGUACAACACUGGGUACAACACUGGGUACAGCACUGGGUACAACACUGGGUACAACACUGAGUACAGCACUGGGUACGACACUGAGUACAACACUGGGUACGACACUGGGUACAACACUGGGUACAACACUGGGUACAACACUGGGUACAACACUGGGUACAACACUGGGUACGACACUGAGUACAACACUGGGUACAGCACUGGGUACGACACUGGGUACGACACUGGGUACAGCACUGGGUACAGCACUGGGUACAGCACUGGGUACGACACUGGGUACAGCACUGGGUACAACACUGGGUACGACACUGAGUACAACACUGGGUACAGCACUGGGUACGACACUGGGUACGACACUGAGUACAACACUGGGUACAACACUGAGUACAGCACUGGGUACAGCACUGGGUACAGCACUGGGUACAACACUGGGUACGACACUGAGUACAACACUGGGUACAACACUGGGUACAACACUGGGUACAGCACUGGGUACAACACUGGGUACGACACUGGGUACGACACUGGGUACGACACUGGGUACGACACUGGGUACGACACUGGGUACGACACUGGGUACAGCACUGGGUACAACACUGGGUACAACACUGG